AUUUGAGACGCGCGUAAUACAUGAUUGUUGAUGUUGGCUUUCAUUUUUUUGUUGUGGUUCUCAUAAGAUGGUGAAACAAAUAUGAAAAUUAGUGUAUACAUGCAACACCUCCUCGAAGCUAUAUAUGCAGCUCAUUAUACGAGUUGAAACUCAGUCGAGUAAUACAUUUUCAUGAGCGAAUUUCGUCUACUUUAGUGUCAUGAAACGACUAUUAUAUCUUACGAUGAUCUUAACGAUUGGCCAAGCCGCGAGGCUACCAAGAGGUGUGUCUAAUUCCUUUCCGAAUUUUCACGCGAUUCAUCAUGGACACGGAGCUACCAGUUACCAAAAUGUGCAGAUAGAAAGUUAUGAGCCUGUGCCAGUUCCCACACUGGUUCAUCAACGUGAUUACCUUCAUCAUACUAAACAAGAGGAGGUGCUCUUGCUUGAGAAACCACAAUAUUUACUUCAUGGAGAUCAUGAAGCAGCAAUCAACCCAGUUUUUAAGAACCAUGGGCAAUACAACCAAUACCAACAGUCCGUUAUUUUACAACCAAGCGAUCAAAAUGUUUUCCUCGAAGAUGAUCAGAAAUUAUACUACAUUUUAGAAACAGUUCCUGAAGAUUACAACGAAAUAGAACAAAACAAUUAUAACAGCGAUUCACCAUAUCAUUACUAUGUGGUCCAAAAUUGA